AUGACUUCCGAAGAGAACAAGGAACUUAUCCUCAAGACUAUCGACCUCGGAAGGACGGUCCUCCACUAUGGAUGGAUCCCCUUUAUCAUCUACGUCGGAUAUACACGUAGUUCUCCACAACCUUCUUUGAUAAAGCUUAUCAGCCCACUUGCAUAA